GCCCGCACCACCAGAUCCACACUUCUUUCGAUGCAAAACUAGAUUACACCUCCUUGGCCGAGCUGCUGUUCUCCGCCCACGCACGAGCUGGGCCCAUCCGAUUUUCGGACUUGCAAGGCACGUACGCUUGUGGGAGCUGCCUCCACAGCUCAUCGUUCACGGUCGAGAGGAGGAGCAGUUCCAGCAGUUCCGCAAGAACGUUCCGGGAGUUGCGAGGGCGUGACUUUACGCGGCGGAGGAGCCUGCUUCCUGCUGCGCGUGCUCGAACCUGGGGGAAGCUUGUUCUCGAGGAGUGUUUCAGCGUUCCUUGCCGGGGGUCGAGGUAGACGCACGAACAAGAGCGGAGAUGUCGGCGGCUGUGUCCAAUGCACCGGCUUCGGCCGCAUCAGCAGCUGCAACAAUGGCAACUGCAGGCGACGUCGAGGCACCGACUCUCUACCCAACACGCGACCAACUGCGGCCAGGAGGGCACGCGACAAUGCCAGGAGAUGCUGCAGCGGUAGAGCUGGCGACCGACCUGGAUGCUGGCGACGCUGCUGCCCCUGCUGGCGGCGCGCAGCUUAAUACCACUCCGCGACCGCUAGAAGGAUCCAGUCUUCCUUUUCUGGCUGGAUUGGCGGCGAUUAUAUCCACGAUCUUCAUCGUCGGCGACCUGUUGAACAAGCGCAUGCUCCAUCCUGCCAGCAUCGUGGUGUUUCUGCUGUCGGUGAGCUACUGCGUGGCAAUGCUGAGGCGACAGUGGGCAAGCACUGGUGAGUCAGGCGGUGCGAUGGAACACCAGUUAGAUGACAUCAAUGACAUAGUACUUGAUCUUGCCUUUUUUGGGAAGGUGGCCUUUCACCAGGGAAGGUGCCCAAGUCUGGUGGACCAGCACGGAUACUAGAUGGUACUGAGAAGGGACCAGAUAUUUAAUUUUUAUGCGAC